AUGCAACUCUUUCAGGACGGCACAAGCGACCAUAUUGGCAAACUCGCAAACGCUUGCGAAAGUCCUGCUGGCAAAAGUACGCUGGCUGAAUUCAUCGACAGCCACACCGGUGCACCUGGCGAUGCCCCAAUGGAUCGCCAUCAUGAGGAUCCCACUUCGGUCUGCAAACCCGGCCAGCUCGAUACUGGAGAGCUUGAUAUGUAUACCCUCGGGAACAUGCCCGCCUGGAAAGCGCAGAUCUACAUAUGCCUUUACCAUCACACAGAAUCAGUACAGGGCCGCGUAUACCACUGCGUGUCGCUCUUGAUUCUCUGGCUCUCCUUGGCUGGAUUCUGCGUUUCGACCGUAAAUCACGUCAUGGCAAUACCAUUCAUGCCGACACUCAUCUUGGCCAUUGAUGUCACAGCAACGGUAGCUUUUAUUGUUGAGCUGGUGCUUUUCAUACUUGUCGCUACAGAGCACAGGAGAUCGUGGGGAUGGGCGCGGCUGGUCGACGCUCUGGCGAUCGUUCCCUUUAUCGGCGAGCUGGCUGGAUCGGCUUCGAUGAGAAUGGACCCAUUCAAGUACUGCUAUGGCCCCCAGUCGCCCAACCCCAUACGGAUCCUGCGGGUCUGUCGGAUAUUCAAGCUCUUCCAAAAGUCCACCAAGUUGGGGAUCUUGGUCCAGGCGAUGUAUAACUCGCGAGAAGGCAUCUUGGCGCUCUUCUAUGUUCUCCCGCUGAUCAUUAUCUUCUUUGGAUCGCUCGUGUUCUUCGCUGAGCAAAUCGGCGAGUACUACAGAGACGGGGUUUGGUACUAUCAACCAGCUGCCGGUGUCUCGGGAAUCGGCCAGUUUCAGUCUAUUCCGUCAACAUUCUGGUUUAUGAUGGUCACAUUGACAACGCUGAGUCACUGUGCGGAAUCUUGUGGAUGGAUCUUGUGGAUGGGCCCCAGAUACGGCGACGUCACCCCAAAGACAGCAACGGGCAAGCUCGCUGCAAUCGGCGCCAUGCUGGCCUCCAUGUUCAUUGUGGCUUUCCCGCUCACGAUGAUCACGACCCAGUAUGCCGUCAUUGUUCGUCAGUUCAACCAGCGGAGGCGCCGCGAGGGAAAGUGGAUCCGGCAGCUGGAGGAAUUCCGCCGACAAAGAAUCCUUGCCUGCAGCAGUCCAGAGGUGGCGCCGCAGCCUCUGGACAGGGCUUUGCGACCGGAAGGCGAUGCUCCUGUCCAAGUGAUUAGCAACGACCAACCAGUUAGCGGCUGGCUCAAGCAGCAGAGGCUCGAUAUCCCGGGUCGAAAUCCCGAGUCGCUGGCGCCCGGCGGCUUGGACGAGCCAAGUUUGACCGCCCGCCCCUCGGCCUCGGUUCAGAUAUCCAUCAGCACCCCUGGAGACAUGGACCGCGAGCGACCGGCACCACUCCUCGCCACAACCUCGUGGAAGGACCGGUUCCCAGACUUUUUCGAGGGCUCGACUUCCAAGCUCUCUUUCAACUUGGAUAUAUUUGAGACCGACCAAUCAGAGUCUUCUCCGAGUAUGGUCCAGAGACCGUCCGAGAGCCAGAGCUGCUGGACCUCUACACAGUUGCUUGGGAUCGAUGCUUCCUCUGAACUCAGUGGCUUCGACGCCCAACGCCAAGACGACAUCUUGCUGGAUGUGCCCGCCAAGUCGAUUCCCGAUCACUGUACCGACCGCGUCUCGGCCAUCAGCAUGCCCACUGAGCUCGGAUAUGCAAGCCGAGAUCUCUGGGAGACGCUCGUCCAUCAACCUGCCUCGACCGACAAUACUUCGUCGGCUCUCUGAACGCCGGCGCACUCGGGGCGGUGCUCCCUGGAGACUGACUAUGAGUCAAACUCGUGGAACCAAACCGAGUGCCAUAGAGGAAUACCCAUGCACACUCUGCAUCCAACAGGCCAUGGACACG